AUUGCACUGAAAUCGAAAACAAAACUAAUUUUUUAAACUAAAAUUCAUUAAGCAAUUCUGCUUACAAUUCUCUAAUAAAAUAUUACUUUUCAAAGAGAGAGAAUUUCAGUUUCAACCUGAAAAAAUCGUUUCUCCGAAUCAGUUCAAUUUGAUGCUAACCAACACACAUGCCCGAAUAAAAGCUCUCUGCGUAAUCAUCCUAAACUUUUAAUACAAAAAAAAAAAUCAAAAAUUUAUAUAUUGAAACAUUGAAAGAUUUACUUGAAGCGGCGCGGCAACGGCGACGACGGGUCUUUUUUGGGAGGGGAAAAUCAAGAAAUAAAAAAUUUUUCUUUGCCAUUUCGUUUUGAAUGUUUUAACUCUUGUAUCAGAACCUAAUGUUUUGGUAACGUGUGUAUAAUCAUAUUUUUCACAGUUAGUGUAUAGUGUCCGAUUUAAAAUAAUUUUUUUUUGUUUAUUAUUUUUCAAACCGAUCAUUUACUUGUAAAUUACCUAUACGACAGUUCAGUGGAACGUAUCAAUUGCACUGUUUCGUACUGAUAUUGUGAUUGGUAAAGUGCAGUUUGUUUUAUAUUGGGUGCAUAUUGUGCAAAAAAAAACUAAAAUAAAAAUUUAGUGAAUAAUAAUGGUACCGCAAAGCUGAAUGUUUACCGAUCGUAUGCAUAAAUGGUGGAUUUAAAAGGAUUACAACACGGAUAACAUUUACAACUGACGAAAUUUCCCAUAGCCGCACAGCUGUAUAUUGCAUAACAGAGCGCCGGCCAGAUAGAGUGAGCUUUUGCACCACCACCACCUACAGCCACAUAUUAAAUAACAUUACGAAAAACACCUCAAAACAAAACCAAAUGAUAUAAUGCACAAUGAUAAUGCUGUGGAAAUGCUGCUGUCUACUGGCUGUGGCUGGUUUGGUGACCUCACAAAUUAGUGAAGUAAGACGAAUCAUUCGUGCAGAAACUGAAAGGAAUUACGUUCGACAAGCACGUUUUGCCAAGCCAAGUGGAAUAUUUGGAUUUUUCACAACACUUGGGAAUAUUAAAAGGUUAUUUGACGAUCAAUACAAUGAGACGACACAUGCUCUACAACGUGUUUUAGAUUUGGUUAAAGAUGGAUUCAGCGAUACAGCCACCAAGAAGCCAAAGCCUUCGGUGGAGGAAACUACCUUAAAGCCGAAUGAAACCAUCUCAACAACAACCGAACGCUAUCGCAUAUCGAGAAAAGAAUUGGGCUACAUUUUGGGCAGAAAUUAUCGCGGAUUACAGAAACUCCUGAAAAUCGAGUUAAACGAUGCGGCAAAUCAAACACAAUAUAGUCUACGAGAUUAUCGCCGAGAGUUUGGAAAUGCACUAGUACCUUACUCGCUAAUUAAGACUUCCAAGCGAAAUAGUAAAACGUAAUAUUGGAAUGGGAUCAACGAUGUUUUUCUUUAAAAAAUUUAUUUCAGCUGCCAUUGUCUAAUGUUAGUUAUACAUCCAAUGCGUUGGAGAGUAACACGUUAGAAAGCGCAAACUAUACUUUAGUUAAGAAAUUUUCAAGUUUCUAUUUUAUUAAAACGAAAUAUUUUACAGUGUUAACGUAUUGGAACAAUGUGAUUGUCGUUUACACACCGGGGAAAGGGGAAAUUCAUUUUUGAACAAAAAAUUUGAAUGUUGUAACGGGGUAGUGUACCGAUUAGGUUGAACAAAAGCGUUACGUUGAACGAUAUGCUGAAAAUGAUUCUUAGGCCGAAUAUCUACGAGCAGUUUUCGUUUAUUGAGAUCGUAAAUCGUCGGAAAUCCUGCAGCAUUUUCAAUUGUUUAACGUAAGCUACAAAUCGGAAUACAAAAGAAAAUGCAGCGUAUCUGUCGGUUUUAGCAACGGAAAUAAAAGUGCUCGUGUGUUUUCUGCCCUUAAAGACGGAAGCACACUGUCAAUUUUGAUUUUUGAAACCGACAACUAUUCUGCUUUUACAUUGUUUGGUUGUUUUCGUAUGGUAACGCAUGUGGAAUGUAACACAGCGAAGUGAAAGAACCUAAUUCAAUUUUUUCUUUUGUUAUGUCAAGAUAUACCACAAAAGAAAAGUUUGAAUUAGGUCUCUUUCGCCGUCCUAGUGUAGCUACAAUAACAGAGAAAAUUAGAUUAAAAUUGUCGAUGCUUACACUGCUCUAACGGCCAAUUUUUUUUGUCUUCGCAUCUAAUAAACGAAUUUUUAGGUUAAAUUGUUGUCCGUUUAUAUGCAAUCACUUUCAACAAAUUGACCUAAAAAUUUGGUUUUAAUCCACGAAUUCAUUGGAUUGGAAUCUGGUCAGAAACGUUGUAAGCUAAAGACAAUGGAAACAUUUUCUGAAGUUUCGUAUUUCUUAAGCUGUUAGUUUUUCAACCAAUUUUACAUAAAAUCAAAACGACAAUUGAAACGAAGUCGUCUACUUUGAAGUUCUAAUAGAACCGGACCGUACUCGUUAACAUAAUACGAAAUACAUUUACAUACGUUGUACCCGAUCACCAAUACAGUGUUCUAAUUGACUUAAUUGACCAUCCAUCUAAAGUGUCCACUUUACUCAACACUCCACUUCGUGAGAGAGCCGUGAGAGAGCAAACUGUCAAGUAAACAAAGAAAAAAUUGAAAAAAUUCAAUUUUGUCUCUCAC